GUAGACUGUGCUUGUUUAUUGUCUGUGUAAAAACAAUAUUUGAAAACAUAACAGAAUGUUUAAGAUAUCAGAUAUGACACGGACAUUGCCACGACAACAACAGACUUAACUGGCCAGAUUUCUAUUGUUUGUUUUUAAAUUAAUUGAAUUAGUUGAUUUUGUCCAGACUUUCAGUGUGGGACCAAAGAAGCCCCCUCUUCUUGUCUGGAACUAACUGAGAUAGCUGUGUUCAAACUUUCAGAGAAUCCUCUCUUCUUGUCUGGGACAAGCUCAGCUGCUGCACGUCACUAUGACUGAGACCGAUGACCAACUGAUGACCGAGUGCAGUGCAACAGUCAUCACACCAUUACCAGAAAACAGGGAGCCCACAUCGGCCGUGGAAGAGUCAAGUGGCACAACCUUCCAUCGGUUCUGCAUUAAGUUUCUCUUUAGCCAUUGGCCAGGCUAUCUGGCUCUUUUGGUCAUAGGGAUUGGCUGUGUUAUUCAUGGAAUUUACCUGCCUUGCACAGACGACCAUCUCCUGCAAAAGGUUGCAUCCCGCAUGAUGCUCGCCUACUUCUUUGGGGAGCUGGUAAUCAGAGUGGAGGCGCUGGGCUUCUCAGGAUACUUUUCAUACAACUGGCACAGAUUCGACAUCUUUGUUAUUUGUGUAGAGCUUGUAGACUUAAUUCUUGAACUUUGUGAGAUACACCUAUCACUCUCCUAUUCAGUUUCCCCAUUGCGACUGUUGAGCAGAAUUGAAGAGAUGCGCAAGUUGGUGACCAUGCUCGUGGGGAUCCUGCCCAUGCUGGGAAAUGUAAUCUUACUCUAUAUACUCGUCAUAUACAUCUUUGCCAUUGUGGGAGUCCAGCUGUGGGCGGGGGACCUGCUUUACCGCUGCUUUUUGCCAGAUGAGAUGCUUGCAAUGUACAGCAACUUAACUCCGAGCUACGGGUCUGUCCCUGGCGAAAGAUUUCCCUUCAUCUGUACCCUCAGCGAAGGCAUGCGGUUCUGUAGAGACAUACCUGCCAAUCGUAACGGCAAUCUCAUCUGUACGUUACCCGCUCCCCACCUGGAUCCACUUGCUUCAACCCGUAACGGUAGUCAGUGUGUUAACUGGAACGCAUACUACAACAUAUGUCGUAUUAGUGGACAAAACCCGAACUUGAACUCUAUAAACUUUGACAACAUCGGCUACUCCUGGAUUGCCGUUUUCCAGUCCGUCACACUGGAAGGCUGGUCUGACAUAAUGUACUAUGUGAUGGACGCACACUCCUGGUGGAGUUUUGUGUAUUUCGUCGUCCUCACAAUUCUCGGCUCCUACAUCAUAAUGAACACAUGUGCCGUUGUUAUUGCCACCCACUACUCAGAUGCCAUGAAACAUGAGCCUGGAAGGAGGUUUCCUGGAACUGUGAGCUUCCGUGAAGUUUGGCAUGGUAUAAAGGCAAGGAUUUCAACACUCGUCUCAAGAGUGAGUAGCAUGCUGGGCUCCCAUCAUCACCACAUAGAGGAAUCAUCACUGCUGGGCCGGUGCUGGCUGCCUAUCCGUAGGAAGCUAGAGAUGCUCGUGACAGGGACAUACUUCAACAGGUUUAUCACAAGUGCUAUUCUGCUCAACAUCCUAACCAUGGCCAUCGAGCACCAUGACCAGCCUGAGAUGUUGACGGAUGUAUUAAAGAUCUCUAACUUUGCCUUCACGGGUCUGUUUGCCCUGGAGAUGAUCCUGAAACUGGUGGCCUUGGGGCUAGACUACUUUCAGGACUGGAGCAACAACUUUGACUGUCUCAUAGUUAUCAUUAGUCUGUGGGAAUUGCAAGCUGAAAGUGACAGCAGGCUGUCGGUCAUGCGUGCAUUUCGAGCCCUGCGGUUCGGGAGGCUUGUGCAUUUCCUCCCCUACCUGUACAGACAACUGAUGGUGCUGAAGAGGACCAUUGAGGAGGCAGCCAUGCUCUGCUGGCUGCUGUUCUUCAUUAUCUUCCUCUUCAGCGUCGUGGGAAUGCACAUGUUCGGCUGCCUAAUUAAGGGAGACAUACGUGAUUCCGGAAGCAAAAGCUUCGACAAGAUUGACGCGCGGAAAAACUUUGACGACCUCGUUUGGGCUAUGGUCACAGUGUUCCAGGUUCUGACGUUAGAAGAUUGGAACUUUGUCCUUUACAACUGCAUGGCCUCUGUCUCACCAUGGACCGCCGUGUUUUUCGUGUUGAUGAUUAUUGUGGGGAAGAACGUGAUUCUCAACAUCUUGGUGGGGAUUGUUGUUGAGAACUUCCAGAACCAGCCCGAAGAUCACGCAACACUUUCAGGAAUUCCUUCAACCAUUGACCGUCGCGCCACUAUAGUUUCCGAACAAGACCAACUAAACGCUGAGUCCAGCUCUGCUCAGGAGCAGCAGCUUCAAGUGGAAGAAGCCAGAGCUGUCCCGACUGACCAGGAACUGCGAGCUCUAGGCUGGAAGCGCUGGUUCAAAGAGCAUGAAGAUUGGUCCUUCUAUGUAUUUUCUCCACAGAAUAGGUGGCGUAUAUUUUGCGACAAACUGGUGUCCCACAGGCAUUUCAACACAGGGAUUCAGCUCGUCAUCUUGCUGAACUGCAUUACUAUUGCUUUUGAGAGGCCUACUAUCCCGCCUGAUAGCAAUGAACGAUUUUACUUGGAUAAAGCCAAUGACGCCUUUUCCGCCAUCUUUCUCAUAGAAAUGCUACUGAAGAUGGUAGCACAAGGUCUGAUCAUUGGGAAAACCACCUAUUGCCACAGUCCCUGGAACAACUUGGACGGCUUUCUGGUAGUCAUGUCUGUAAUAGACAUCGCCAUCCUGCUGGGGACGGAGGAGGGAUCCUCCAGACCUCUGGCUAUCCUUAAAAUACUGCGUCUGCUACGUGCGCUCCGUCCCCUCAGGAUGAUUGAACGGACCCCCCAACUGAGACUGGCUGUGGAAGCGCUGUUAGCUUCCGUUAAGCCCAUGGGAAACAUCAUUAUCAUUUGCGGCAUUUUCUUUUUCUUUUACGGUAUCCUUGGAGUGCAGCUGUUCAAGGGAAAGUUCUUUUACUGCCAUGGUUCCAAUGUAUCGAUGAUCGUCAACAAGUCGGACUGUCUCUCGUCCAAUUACGAAUGGUUGCUUAAGGAGUACAACUUUGACAACCUGGUUUCGGCUCUGAUAUCAGUGUUUGUCAUGUACUCCAAGGACGGCUGGGUCGAACUGAUGUAUGACGGGCUUGAUGCUGUUGGAGUGGACCAGCAGGUAUUUGUUUUCACUCCUGCGUGCUACUAAAGCUUGACAGAAUGGAAAAGAGCAAUAUUUAAUUGUGGAAGAAACACAGUUCCUGAAAAUUUCCCAGGUUCUUUCGUAAAAUUGCCUGCUGGUAGCUUUGCAAAGAUUAGUUUAGUUGCGAAUAGGGAGUUUUUAGAUCUUGCUUAACCUAUCUCCCUACGUUUGCUGUGUCUAAACAGAAAAUGGUGGCAACCAUAGCAACUAUAGAAGUGGUUAAAAUUUUUCUAGAUGGGAACACAUACUGAUAUCGAUUGGUUGAUUCCAUGUGGUUAAAAAAAAUAA